AUGACGGCCGCCCAAGGGCGGGCGUUAGAAAACAGCUUCUUCUCACAGGCCCCCUGGUCCGAGGUAAAACGCUUCCACAAAACUGGAAUGCACGAGCAGAGUAUAAAGGUACUUAACCUCUUCCUCUGCCAUACUGACCUAUCUUGGUACGAUAUAAGGAAUGAGGUUACCCGCCAGCUUUAUAACCUCGAGUCUCUUCGAUCAUGUAUCGGAAUUCAAAGAGCCUCAAGCCAACUGAAUGAGUAUUUCGGUAGGUUGGAUAACCAGUUCGCUGAGGCAAUUUCUCAUGAAAGUCGAAUCGACUAUGAUAAGAGCCAGAAUGCUCUCGGAGCUGAAGAGGAAUUAUAUUAUACGGCAACCAGUCCAAGGCUCUCUUCCGAACUAUUAGGCGGCAACGAAAGCUUUAAAAACAAUCGGCCAGCCUCUAGCUCCAUCUGUCAGGCCGGGACGAUUCUACGUACCAUCUUUCCUAUCAUAGAUCAGCUUCUAGACAAGCAGACGAGCUCUCGGCAUGUUGAAAGUCUGCUUGAUUCGGCGAGGGAAUAUGAAAAUGUUAUAAACGCGAGGCUCAACUCUGGUAAUGUCAACCCGAAUAGGUUAAACCAUAUCAAAACGGUUCGCACCGACCAACAGGGACCGGAUCUUGAAACUUUCAAUCGCUCAGUCAUCAAAAUCUUCCAAGAGGAGUCAAAAGACUGGGGGACGUUGGCCUUAAUAUAUGUUAAAAUCUACAUUAUCGCGGUACAGGGUUUUAUCGAAACCGUCAUGAUCGAGGUCUGUCCCACGACGAUCUGCAACAAGCUGCAGGACUAUUUAGCCAAGGAAAUCGAGACAUGCUACCAAGAGGCCGAGAAAAUGACGAGGUUCUUUGCUGAACGCGAGCGCACUGCCUCUAUCUACCGUAUUAAUCCUGAGUCACAUGUUGGCCUUCGCGCCAGGGUCAAAAGAGCGUUCAACGGGGACGGCAAUAGUUUGACCGAAAAUGCAGAGAUACGCCUUGAUAAGGCGCAAUCCAAGGCCAUGUCUACUCAGAAACAGAAGAAGACUGGGAAAACACCUACAAAAAUCCACGGCCUGCUUAACAAUCACUACAAGGUCACCUUGAUACGCUUUGUCGAGAAUGUAACUCGCCUGGUCGCACGCCAACUCCUGAAUGUUUCUGGCAAGGCACCUCUCACGGCUUUCAACUCCAGUUUCGUCGCCGCUCUCACUGAGGAACAAGUCGAUCAGAUUGCUUGUAAAGACCCGGAGGUCACAGUCCAGCGCAAAAAAGUCAAUCGCGAAAUUGCCAACUUGAAGGAAGCCCUCACCCUUCUCCAC